UGACAGUUGGCCAAGUUUAGAACAUCGAUAGCCGCGAUUAUUGCCGGCAUAUUAUUAAUACAUUCAAAGACGCGAAAUCGCCAAAACAAUGGCAUUCGAGAACACUGCACACCAGCUUAAGAUUCCGGACGAAGGGCUGCACAAUCAGUGGAACGAUAAGGACGCACCGGCGCCCCAAUCCCAGGUCCAAAUCGCACACAAACAGAUGCCUGACACGGAAAGCGACAGUGGCAGCGUCAUAUGGAUUUCAGACGAUUCCCCUGCCUCGCAGGGGGAGGCCCACAGAGUCAAUGCUACCAAGGAGCUGGCAGACUUCGAGACCUUGUACUGCCGCAAAGUACAGGCAAGAGGUCCUGGAUCCAUCAAAGGCGACAUGACGACACCCAAGUUGGCCAAGAAGCGGUGCUGGCCGGAUUGCGAGGAGGACCAGCCGGUCGCCAAAAAAUCACUGGCUUUUGAGCAAUUUGAAUCGAUAUACGAUAGAGAAAACAGGUCGCCGCCUGAAAUCGAAAAUAAUCAAAGCCGCAAACAAAAUUACGAAAACGAUUUCGCAUCCGCGAUGUCCGCCGAAGCGAGUGCAAAUCCGGAGGACAGCCUGGUCAACCUGAUCAACGACUGCAACCUGGAGGACAAUGGCUACGCACAGGUAGGCUGUGACCCCCCAGCUGUCAGCCGGGCCAAUCAAACCGAAUUCCAACUGGUUCAUUUCAUGUUACCGUGCAAGACGCCCCAAUCCCAGGCCCAAAUGGAACCCAACGACAGUGCUUCAUUUGCGAGCGCCGACAGCGACAGCGGCAGCCACAUACUGGUGUCCGAUGAUUCCAGUGCUUCGGCGUGCAGCUACCUCCACUCGUCCGAGAUUUGCAACUCCUCCGACUUCGAGGAACUGCGCAAGGGGUUCACCAAGGACUCCUCAUACUUCGAACUCUCCCUUGAUUCAGACAGCCGCAGUCCUAGUUCCGUGGAUACCAACAUGGAGACGCCCAAGUUAGCCGUGAAGCGGCACUCGCCGGGAAGCAAUGGCGAUGGGUUGGCCAAAAAGAAAUCUUACCGAAAUCUGGACGAGAUGCCCACCCCCUCGAAUCGGCCGGUGGUGACGCGCAGUGGUCGCGUUGUAGUGUCGCGGCCGAACCAGCAGUUUGACUACUCAUCAUCGCAGUCAAAGGACGAUGGCGAGGAGGACUCCGACGAUUUGUCGCUGGAUGCCGACGACGAGGACUAUCAGGGAAAGGUUUUUGAGCAGCCCAAGUGGACGGGUCGCAAACGGCGCAGCUUUAGAAGCAGCAGCAGCAGUGCCAGCAGCACCGAUGACAGCCGCUCGUCGCCGGAGGCAGUGCCUCCGCUGGUCUAUCUCGAAUUGGGCGAUAAGGUUGUUAUGGUUAGGGACGAGCCACAUCCCAACAUCGUCCUGGAAGACGAUGGCGAACUCAAAACAAAGAUGCACAAGUUUUUGGGUCUGAUUGCGUCACGUCGCAAGCUUUACUAUCCCGCGCAGGACUGCGAUGUGGAUGCGGAGGAUAAUAAUGAGAAGAACGUGUCCCUAUCGAUCACUCACGUCGCCAAUUCAUCCUCAACGUCCGCACCAACUCCCGCUACUCCACCAGCCAAGCUUCCAAUUCGGCCGGAAACAACGCCGACAUCCACAUCCACUUGGUCAAAGCUAAAUCUAUCGCAUAUCCACACGCCGACCACGGAAGAGCGCCAGGCCAAAGUCAGGGAUGACUUUGUGCUCCAGGCCAUUGUCUACUCCUUUGAGGAGUGCACCCCGGACUCGCUGAAGGAGCCCAUAGAUCUAAGCGAUCUUCCCAGCAAGAAGCAGCUGGCCACCAACUGCCGCCGCCACAAGAGCAGCGUGGCCUGUUUGGAGCGGCACCGACAGUUCUACGGAUUCGUUCAGUCGCUCAGCCCGGCGAUCUCGCUCAACAUGUGCCAUCCGCUGGCGCUCACCUACCGGCAGACCGACUUCUCCCAAAGCAAGGUGUCACUGGCCAAGGUGCUAUUCAACAUGUUCAACCACGCGAUCUUCCACUGCGGCCUGCAGGUGCCCAUCGUUUGGAAGCACUCCAUGAACACGCGCUGGAAGUGCCAGCUGACCAUCGAUGCCUCCGGCAAGCGCACCGCCGAGAUUCUGCUUCUGCGCAGCAUCGACACUGCGGCCGAGCUCAUCCAGCCCCUGUUGCACGAAAUGUGCCAUGCGGCGGCCUUCGUGUUCAACCGGGAGCUAGGUCACGGCGACAAUUGCCGUAGAUGGGCCUACCAGGCGAAGAUGGCGUUCCCGGAGGUGCCCACCAUCGACGACUGCAUGGGUAGCUUCAAGUAUACGUGCACCAUGUGCACCCGCUGCUCCUACGGCGUGGUCGACUUGCAAACGCACAACCUGCGCUGCUACUACUGCCAGUUCGAGGUGAGCGUGAAGCCCUUUUGCAAGACAAACAUGCACGACGGCGCCCGGUCGGAUCCGACGAUGACGCCGUUCAAGUGCUUCAUCCGGGACAAGUAUUUGAAGCUGGGUGAGGAGGCGGGCGCCACGCACUCCUCGAGGAUGGCGCUGCUCAACGAGGAGUUCGUGAAGAUGAACGCAAAGACCUAGCUGCUGGCACACAAUUUGCAGAAUAUAUUUUAUAAGUACUAUAUGAACAACCAUGUUGGGCACCACGAGCAUGCAGGAGCCUAUUGUGAACACGCUGUGACCUACUUACCUUAUAUAUUUUAUACAAACUUUUACAUCCUGUACAAUUGGGGAACCUCCGAAGCCCAGAUGAACCUCAACAAGGAGUUCGGCAGCUUGUCUACGUGUUAACUAGUAUAUAUUUUGAUGUUAACUACCUAAUUACAUGUGAAUACUAAUUUAAGUCCCUUGGGAACGCUGCCGCCUAGUGAGAAAUACGCUGUGCUAUGCAUAUCGCUAUAUUCAAACGAUAUCAAGAGAGAAAUCAAAGCUACUUUAAUAUGAGCAACAAUCGCAUGUAGUCGCAUGUUUGAAUGGAAGGCGUUUUUGCGUUUAAUGUUUGUGCACUACUGUUAUCGGCGCCCCAAAAUAAAAUCGACAAAAACACAAA